UUCCCUGUGCCGGAGGCGUAUAGGUGUGUCAACCGUUCCACAGUUGAUUAAAUUGAAACUAUUUUUGCCUGAUCUUUCAAAGUACAGAACAGAACCGUUGGCUCACUGCACACGAUGGAUGGCGACGUGGCAGCCGCGCGCCGUCCGCGGAAGCAGCGUGUCGCGGUAAGGUGAGAAGGAGACGCCCCAGUCUGUCACCAACGGGCUGUUUUUGUUUGUGCAAGAUAGCGCCCAACCUGGAGAAGUCACACACUGGAGCAUCCUGCGCACUAGUCGGGUCACGACCAAAAGGGAGGAGAGUGACGUCUUUCCCGUAAUGCGAAACCGCCCAAAGCAAAAGUAUUGCCAGUCUUUCGCAUUUGAACUGCCACUGUCACUGGAUGUUGACCUGGAGCCAUCUUUCAUUAUGCUGGUAUACAUAAAUACGCUGUAGUAAUGCGAAUGUGGCCAGCUUAUUAAAUUGACUUUAAACUUUAUCUAUCUCUAUCUAUCUAUCUACUUUCUGCAGAAGUGACAAGAUGGCAGUCGCAUCUGUAUUUGUGGUUGCAUUCAAAGCGGGUACGGUCAAGGGGAUCUAUCCUGAAAUAAGCUGAUGCCUGACCUCGGGGCUGACAUGGCCUCUGCGGACGUGGCCAGUAACCUGUCUUCUGUUCUCGACAAACCGCCGUGCGUCAACGGGACACCCUGGAUCCGUUACCUUUUUGAAGAAUGUGCCGACAGCGCUUGGGAAUACUGUAGCGUGGUCAUCGGCCUCAUCUCCAUGUUAUGCUUCCUGCUGUCCACUCUGCCGCAGGUGUAUGAAUCCUAUAGAAAUGGCAGGGUGGAGGAGGCCAUCUCUCUGGGCUUCUUACUCUUCAUCCUUAGUGGAGACAUCAGUAAUUUUGCGGGCUGCUAUCUCACCAGACAGCUCCCCGUUCAGACUGUGACUGCAGUUUUCUAUAUAUUCACGGACAUCAUACUGAUCUCCCAGUAUGUGUAUUACAAGAUAAAGAACAAGAGGAAUCAUGGCAAGCGAAAAUCGCACUUGAAGUGGAUGUGUUUCAUGUGGUGUGGAGGUGCCUUCACCUUGUGCGUGAUGCUUCCCAAAAUCCUGGAUGAAAGCGGCUUAGGAUCUGGUGCAGGGAAGACCUCACACAGCUUGGAAAUGUCCGGCUACGCCUGCGGCUACCUGUCAUCCGUGUUCUACCUCUCCUCCCGUAUUCCACAGAUCCACAAAAACUACAAGCGGCAGUCGACGGAGGGAACCUCCUACCUGCUGUUCGCUUUGGCCAUGAUGGGGAACUGUACAUACGGGCUGAGCCUGAUCGUGGUCCUGCCGGCCUUGAAGCGAUCCAAGAGCACUUUCAUCCUGAACCACCUGGCCUGGCUCAUUGGCAGCCUUGGCGUCCUCCUCCUCGACCUUUUUAUUUCUAUUCAGUUUGUUUUGUACAGAAAAAAGGGCUCCGGUUGUUCUAGCCAGCUGGGGCUGAAGAACUUUCCGGAAGUGGAGCCCCUGCUUUCUGAGAACGAGGAGCUGUGAGGCUGGCAGACUCCAGAAUGUCUCAUCAGUUUUCUGUGGAUCCUACUUCCCUGUACUAAAUGUAGAACAAAAAGUUAAUUUAACCAUUACAUAAAUCUGUUGGAAUUAGCAGAUAGAAAAUACAUUUAGAACCAUAUGGAUUGUUAUGUAUUGUUUUUUUCUUUUUUUCCCUAAAAUGGAUGCUGUCUGCCUAAUGUAGGCUGGUCAGCAAUAAGGCUUUAUGAAUAUGCGCUUAUAAUUUAGUUCUCAGUGCCUUCAGUUGAUUUUUUUUUUUUAUAUAUAUACAAAGCUGUGUUUUAUCAAGCCAUCAGUCUGUUCUUAGGCGGGUGCCCGCCCCUCCCAUAGAAAGCUAACAGCCGUCUCGGCUCACACUGACAGUGUGGCAUCAUUGGCAGAACCUCCCGCAUAGGUAGGAAUGUGAAAAUGCCUGUUUUUGUUAGCUGAGCUAUGUUUAGGUCAUGUGUUCGGUAUGGUAGGGUGUCUCAGCGUCAGGCUGCUGUCAGCUGUGGGUGGUGGGUGGAUCUUUAGCCUGAAUGAGGGUUCCUCUCUGCUUACGGCGCAUGCAGAUGGCGGGACUCAGUCGCCUCCCUUCCCGCUGAAGGAGUCCUGUGAUGAGGCGACAUGGUCUGUGUACCUGGUUCCUAUGUACACUGUGUCUGUCUAGGUAGCUGUGUGUGUUUAUGCAUAAAGCCUUAGAGUCUGGUUUGUUGUUAAACUUCCUCAGUCUUCUGCUGCUGUCAACUCCCCGUGGUGUUGAGGUCCGUGGCACUCAUCUUCGACAUUGGCCAUCGUCUCGGACCGUAACUCUCAGGUCAAAGAUUUCAGGGCUCUGAAUGCAAUUUUACACACUCCUGUCUUUUACUAAAACUGUAAAACUGGUAUGUAAAAGUGUGUCACACCAGCGUGUUGUUAUUAAAUGUUUUUGCAUUAACUUCUAUACUUUAUUCUCAAUUCAUGAUUCCAGCUUUCCUCUAGAACUUUCUGUCUUCUGUUUAUGUCUUAAGGCUUGCAGUGGCAUGUGUUGAUUGAAUCCACUCAUCUUGUCACUGGUCUUCCUCUGAAACAUUGUAUCAAGCUUUAUGGUUUUUCUUCCCAACACAGUGAGUUUUACAAUGUUCCCCAAAAAAGAUAAGCUUCGGUCUUCAGGCUAGUCUUUGCCAGCACCAGAGUUCAAAGACAUCUGUAUGCUUCCUCUCCUGCUUCAUUAUCGUCAUCUUUGUCAUCCACAAAGAGCCCUGGAAUAUACCAUUGUCUGAACAAUUAUGAUCUUUGUUCUUUAUUAGAGGAUGUUCAUUUUUAAUAAAACCGGAUAGGAUGCAACAAUACAGACAGAAUACAUAUUGAUCUUAAAGAAGCUUUUAUGAAAUAUGCCCUUGGUCCAGGCCCCAUGCAACAUGUUACAUGCAAAGACAAUGCUUAAUGGUUGACAUUCAAAACAAUGUUUGUGCAGAAGGACAAGUCACCUUUGCUGAAUCCUGCUGGUUCACUGGAUUGCUCCAUUUUUCUUGGAUUGGUUUAGUCAAAUUGAUUUUUGUAUAAUAUUUUGAACAUUAAUGUUAUUCUCUUCUGUUAAAACAAAAACAUUGUGAGAACAAUAUUUGUAUUCUAGGAAAUUUCAAUCUGUCUAUACAUUCACUGAACAGUGAUACUGUAUUUCAUUUGUACCGAGUAAUUUGAACCAUGUAUAAUUGUUUUAACUGUGCAUCAGUUAUUGUGACACUUAUUUUAAACCCCUUUUUGAUGGAACAGUCAGUUCUAUUAUAAUUGUACUCCACACUUUUGCUGAAAUAAGUUUAUUUUGGUGUUUAAAUAAAGUGCAAUAUUGAAAGA